AUGACGGCUUUCUUCAAGGGCCAGCGAGCCAUCGUCUCUGUGCCCACGGUCCUGUAUAGCGAGAUCGCCUUCGACCGGCACAGCAGCCCUUGUUCGAACAUAGCUGGCAAUGACGCGUUGGGGCAAGUCGCGCGCCCAGCACAAGGAAAUGGUAGACGGGAGCUGCACAGGGAACUAUUCUCGACAUUACGCAGUCCCCUGUCGCUCGUGGCCCUCGAAUCGACGGGCGGUCAUGAUCUCAAGCUCGGAGUGACCUUGAGGAACACCAAGGGCGAGCAGAAGAAGACACGGUUGGAAAUUGACCGCCUGCUCACCUGCUCGUCGGCCGUCAAGGUGGACGAAGCGUGCGGCAGAGGACGAGACAAGGGGAGGCUGGGGAAACAAAAAGAGAACGAGCCUGGGUCGAGAACAGACCAGGAGAACAAUGAGACAAAACAGGCCGAGAAAUAA